CGGAAGCGUGGUGGGCCCAUAACCCACAGGUCCCUGGAUCGAAACCAGGCUCUGAUAUUAAAUUUGUUUUUUUCACUUCAAACUUCAGUUUAUUUUGCAUUUAAUUAAUCACUUUCUAUUUCUCUUCUCUCUCCCAUCAACCGAUUCCAAAUGUACUCGUUUUACAUCAAAUAAUCACUUAAUGGAGUACACAAACUACAAUGCUUAAUUCACACCAAUUCUUCCAAAAUGUAUCCUCAACAACAACAACCUUAUUAUUUAACAAACCCUUACUUGUUAAAUCCAUCUUUCCCUGUCACUUCAGAUUCUUCACUUCAUCCUCCUGGAACUGACCCACCUUCAAAUUCAACCCCUUUUCCUGCUUCUUCUAUUUAUGCCUCUCAAACUGCUGAUUAUCAGAAUUGGAUCGCUCAACCCAUCGGAUAUGAUCUUGCUGUUGGUUCAUCACAUGAGACUUCAGCAGCAACGUCUGCGAGUUUGCCUACAGCAUUGAAUGCUACAUGGCCACAUCAAAUUUAUCCCAAUGAUACAACAACAACGACAAUAUUGCCGAACCAAGCACAAGUCACCAAAGCUUUGAGAUGUGAAGUGUGUAAAAUCGACGUCAAUAGCAAAGAUGUUUAUGAAAAGCACAUAACUGGAAAGAAACACAAGAAGAAUUUGCAGGCACAAAGUCAAGAAAGUAGUGGCGCACUCGUUGAUUCUGCAAAGGUUUGCUCAGUAUGCAAUGUUGUGUGCACUAGUCAAGACGCAUAUAACAAACAUCUUUUUGGGAAAAAGCACACUGCUCAGGUUGCCUUGAUGUCUAACAAUGGCAUUGGUCCAUGUAUUGCGGAAUUCAAGCGUCGCGGUAUCGGUCCUUGGGAAAAAGCCACUAAGAAAAUCAAGGUUGCUCAAUCUGCAUGGUGUGAAGUUUGUAAGAUUAAUUGUAACAGCAGGGAUAUGUACAUUGUUCACUUAGCCGGGAAGAAACACUUGAAGAACCUGGAGAAACUGUCAAAUCCAAAAAUCAACGUUGGCACCGAAGCCGCCGCCGCUGCAAAUACUUUAAUUGGGCCACAGGAAAAGCCAGAUACCAAUAAACCGAAACCGAAGAAGGCACCUGAACUAGAUAUCGAGACGAAGAAACGUAAAGUUGUGGAAGGAGGGGCUGCGGCAAAUGCUAUCAAAAUGUGCACUUUAUGCAAUGUAGUGUGUAACAGUGAAACAGUUUUCAAUACUCAUCUUAGUGGACAAAAACAUGCAGCUAUGGUGAAGAAGCAGGAUCAAGCACUGGUUGAGGUUAUUAUUGUCAUUGUGUCAUAUGAACCUGGAGAGAGAGAGAGAGUAUGCACGAUGCAGUGUGUCACUGUUCUUUGCUGAUGGUUAAAUUUUAACACUUUCAUUGAAUGUCUUGUAUAGUAUUUUAUUUAUAUUUGCAUUGGAGGAGCUUAUUAGAGUUCGUGCUUUGGAAUAUAAUAAUUGAUCACAUCCAUGAUGCAUGGAGGUUUACAAAUUGAGUUUAAUUGAAUUUAA